CUGGCAUUAUGAGGCCUUCUUCGUCACACGACGCGAUCCACUCGUCCAGCAUUGAAGCUUCCGGCAGUGGUGAUGCUGUCAAAUUUCGCCGUUCAUCAAAGACUGGUGUCGAGACCUACAACGAGACCAUCAGCUUGGGUGGGUAUGGAGAAGAGUCUGGGGGAUCCGUGGACUCAGUCUCUCUGGCCAAAGACGGAACUCAUCGUCGCCUGAAGUCUCGUCACAUUCAACUCAUCGGUAUCGGAGGUACCAUCGGUACUGCACUUUAUGUCUCCAUCGGAAACGGUCUUCUCAAUGGCGGUCCUGCCAGUCUUUUCAUGGCAUUCAGCAUAUGGUGCUCUUUCAUUCUUGCUGUCACCAUAAGCACUGCCGAAAUGGUCACCUACCUUCCUAUCUCAUCUCCCUUCAUCAGAUUCGCCAGUCGCUACAUGGACGAAGCUAUAGGCUUCGCAGCGGGCUGGAACUUCUUUGUAUUCGAAGCAAUUUUGGUUACUGCCUGUAAUGUUGUAAUUCACUACUGGAGCGAUGUCGUACCAGCCGGUGGCAUCAUUGCUAUUGUCAUCNNCCUCAUCAACGUCCUCACGGUCGAGUGGUAUGGUGAGACCGAGUUCUGGGCAGCUCUCGGCAAGGUCUUGCUGAUUGUUGGUAAGCAUAUACAGUCCUUUCUGCUCACUGAUCCAGUAUUUGACCCUUUCUANGGCCUUAUCAUCUUCACCUUCAUCGUCAUGUUGGGUGGCAAUCCCCUCGGCGAAAGAUUCGGCUUCAGAUAUUGGAACAAUCCUGUACCCUUCAAAACUCUUUACUAUGGUGGCAAUCUUGGCUACUUCCUCGGCUUCCUUCAAUGCCUCAUCCAGGCUUCUUUCACCAUUGCUGGACCGGACUAUGUCAGUAUGGCAGCUGGCGAGGCCGAGAAUCCACGCGUUGUCAUGCCCAAGGCAUUCAAGGCUGUGUUCUACCGUCUGACCGCUUUCUUCAUGCUCGGCUCUCUUUGCGUCGGCAUCCUGGUUCCAUACGACGACCAGGAACUCAUAGCCGCCACAAACGCAGGCCUGCCUGGCGCAGCAGCCUCACCUUAUGUCGUGGCCAUGAAUCGUCUUCGCAUCAGAGUGCUCCCUGAUAUCGUCAAUGCUAUGGUUCUUGCAAGUGCUUUCUCCGCUGGCAACAGUUACGUCUAUUGCGCAUCUCGCUCUCUCUACGGUCUGGCUCUCGAGGGAAAGGCACCCAAGAUCCUCACACGCACCACACGCCGAGGUGUCCCAAUUUAUUGCACUAUCGUCGUCUUGUGUAUCGCUCUUCUUGCCUUCUUGCAGGUUGGAAGCNNAAACGCUGCGACCGUUCUCAAGUGGUUCAUCAACCUGGUGACCGCAUCUCAGCUCAUCAACUACGCAGUCAUGUGCAUGACAUUCAUCUUCUGGAAGCGGGCAUGUGAUGCACAAGGACUCGACCGCAACAACCUUCCCUUCAAAGGCUGGGGACAACCUUAUCUCGCUUGGUAUGGCUUCAUCGGCUGCACAGUCAUGGCUCUCGUUGGAGGUUACACCGUCUUCCUGCCCGGCCAGUGGAGUGUUCCGACUUUCAUUUUCAGCUACUUCAUGAUUGGGCUGUUCCCCGUUUUGUUUGUUGGAUGGAAGCUUAUCAAGAAAACGAAGUGGACACGUGCAGAGGACGUGGACCUCAGAGGUGAAGUCGAGGAGAUUGAGGAGUAUCAGGCUACAUUUGUGCCUUCCUCGUCGAAUGACACUUACUUUGAGAAAGUCCUGGGUAAGAUUUUCGGU